AUGUUACAACCAUUUGUUAUUCAACAAGUCUAUGAUGCAUUUAUGGAUCGAGCAGGCAAAAGUGGAAAAAUGAAAAUUAAUGCAUUCAAAAUGGCUUAUCUUGAAACAAAUCCAUGUGCGAAUAUAUAUAAUUUAGAUAUGGAUGCUGAGCGUGCGUUUUUGAUGUUCGAUACUGAUCGUAACGGCGUUUUGACAUUCGACGAAUUCCUCAUAGCAUUUGUUCAAAUGCAAUUAGGUAGCAAUAAUUUAUCUAAUUGUUGGCAAUAG